CCUAAUUCGAAGCAAAUUUGAGGAGGACGUGGGAUAUCCACGAUUAUCUGACUUGGGUGUGAUAGAUGUAUACCGAUCGGAGUGGCAUAAACCAUAGUUUCUGAAACAGGCUACUGUAUAUCUAUAUCUAAUCGCCCUUUUUUGCAUACGCAUGCACAUUAUAACACCACAUAUCAUAAUUCUAGGCACAAGGAGCCGAAAAAUAAUAUGAUAUUACACCCAGUGCAAUGGGUGGUUUUUUGUACCCAUUAAAUCCGCAGUAUUCACGCACAUUUAUGUAAUUUAUGCAAUACAAACUUUCUUUUGUCGGAUGAGUGUCGAUUUACUAAUUGGGCUGUAAAAACUUAAAUCCUGAGAGAUAUUCCUCCUUGUACAAACAAACAUAACACAAGAUCUUACGAACCUUCCAGUAGUGGCUUUGCAAGAAGUGUUUUCCCAACAAGACGGCGUACCAUCCCACAAAGCACAGAUUAUUACGAACUUUUUAAAUGCAGAAAUUUCCAAUAGGUGGAUGGGCAACCUGGGACCAGACAGAAGGUCUGCGAUUGAUUUCUUUGUAAGGGGUCACCUCAACUUCAAGUAUUCAGUAGGUCUUACGGAAAUGUUAGAGACUUAUGAAAAGCUGUCAGUAUCCAUCACUAUGCAAAUGUUAAGACAGUCCAGGGAAGCAGUGUUGAGAAGUUGUAUGUUAUGCGUGCAACAAAACGUCGGAUUAUUUGAACACUUACUCUAAUUUUAUUGUAAAAUUUUGUGCAUUUCCUUCGUUUUAUUAUGCUUAAAGGACGCAAAGAACCUUUAAAGAUAUGAAUGAAAAUUUUAAUGACUUCUCUCUAUCUUGUCUCUUUUUCGUCAAUUUUAUUCACUCCUUUCUUGUCCACCAUUAUCCUGAAAUCAUAUUUUUUGUUGUCUUUUAAAAAUUUUAGUGUGGUGUUUUAAGUUUUAAGGUAAUCCAAAUUUAGAUAGACUUUUCGAAACUUUCAUGCCAACCUCUCUUGGUAUUUAAUAUAGGACUGGUAGAGUUCAAAGUUAUUUUAAACUGUUUUUUUUUGUUGUUAUAAUCUGUUUUAUGAAAAUACUCUCUGGAAAUAGAAAAAAAAAAACGGUUCCAAAGAGCCCGCAGUACUUUUAUGAAAAUGAGACAAGUAUUCUGAAGUAGAGAUCUGAACUUUGACUGAAAAUACGGCUCCUGGGAUGUCAUGUUAAAGAGAAACGAUGAGAAAAAAAAUAAGAGCUUUACAUCUCUGAGUAUAUCGCAGAUAAUUACGAAUUUCAUGGGUACAGAGAAGAACCAGUUUUACCAAAGUGAAUAAAAAAAGAGAGGAAAGUUGUAAUGACUAUUAAAAAGAAGAAACAUGGAACACAUUAUAAGGGGAAACAAAUAUCAAAUACUUCAACUCAUAAUGCAAGAAAAAAUUAGUGGAAAAAGAUCAGUGAGAAAGAGAAGAAGAAGAAGAAGGAGAAGAAGACUAAGAAAUUUGCGCGAAUGGAUCAACGCCACCACCAGUACCAACUUGUUCAGAACAGCAGCAGCAGCAGUCAGAACGCAUGUUUUGAUGACUGCGAACCUUCGGAAUGAAGAAAAAGAAGAUCAGAGAAGAAUAUGGUGGACCCUAAAACGGGAGCGGAAGCCAGGAAACUCCCACAAUACGUCGCCGCACUAUCUGUUUGUUUGGGAGCUGUUGCGGCCGGUGCCGUUCUGGGAUGGACCAGUAACAUUUCCGAUGCCCUGCUGGAUGGCAAGUUCAACGAUAUCGCAAUAGAUCAAGACAUUUUGGGUUGGAUAUCGUCGUUCACCACGCUCGGCGCUAUGGUGAUUUGUUUUCCCAUGGGAAUCGUCUGCGAUUUGCUGGGACGGAAAUUGGCUUGCCUUUUAACCAUAAUUCCGUUUUCCGGGGGAUGGCUGCUUAUAAUACUUUCCAACGGGGAAAUCAUGCUCUACGCAGGAAGAUUUUUGGUUGGUUUUGCGGGAGGAGCAUUCUGUGUUGCUGCCCCGAUCUACACAAGCGAAAUUGCACAGAAAGAAAUACGCGGAACCUUGGGUGGCUACUUCCAGCUACUGCUUACGGUGGGCAUAUUAUUUGCCUACGUCUUUGGCUCCAUAUGCACCCCACUAGUUUUGUCGAUACUGUGCGCUUGCAUACCCUUGGUGUUUGGAGUAGUUUUCUUCUUUCAACCAGAAACACCGGUUUAUUCGUUGAAAAAAGGGGACAGGGCGUCGGCGUUAGCAAGCUUGAGAAAACUGCGAGGUCAGCGUUACGACUGCGAGAGCGAGUUGAAGGAGCUCCAGGAACAAAUCGACAAAGAUGUUGCAGUUAAGGUUCCAUUCAGUGAAGCAGUUCGGACGAAAGCAGCCAGGAAAGCGAUCUUAAUAUGUUUCGGGUUGAUGAUAUUUCAACAACUCAGCGGGGUGAACGCCGUGAUCUUCUAUACCGGCCAGAUAUUCAAAGAGGCGGGGGGAUCGAUCCCGCCAAACUAUGCCACAAUAGGAAUCGGCAUCGUGCAAGUGGUAGCGACUUUCAUCUCCACGGUGGUGGUUGACAAGUUCGGAAGAAGGAUCCUGCUGAUGGCUUCCGCCUUCUGCAUGGCGCUUUCCGGCGCAGCGCUGGGCGUCUUUUUCACGCUGAAAGAUCGACACGUGGUGAGUGAAGACGUCGUCAACACCAUAGGAUUUUUACCGGUCGUCAGUUUGGUUGUUUUCAUCACCAUGUUUUCUCUGGGAUUUGGUCCGAUCCCGUGGAUGGCUUCGGCCGAAAUUAUGCCUCCCGAAAUCAAAUCUACUGCUGUGUCCGCCGCUGCCACCUUCAACUGGCUCCUGGCAUUUUUGGUGACGAGAUUUUAUAAUAAUCUGGUGGACGCCACUGGUGGCGAUGUUACGUUUUACUUAUUCGCCGCCAUUUCCCUGUUGGGUACGUUCAACGUCUUCUUCUUUGUGCCUGAAACUAAAGGUAAAUCGAUACAGGAGGUGCAAGAUAUGCUGAACGGACAUAAACCCGGUCCAACAACAAAGGAGGGUAUAGAUAACCCCAAUUUUAAACAUUGAGAAUUUGUUUUUUAAUUGUGUACGAUUUUAUUAUUUAUUUUUUACCGUAUUUGUGCGUUAGAGACUAAGCGUAAGAUGUUUAGACGUAAAUAUUAAAUGCUUGUAAAUAAUAUGAAGGAAAUUUAAAUAUUUACGUUAAUAAAACGAAACAAGAUUUUUUUAUGUUAAUUUCUAACAAAUCUAAGCGAAUGUAAACUCAUUUUACUCAAUCCUAACUUAUAAGCAUUGUAGAUAUCGUUCUAGCUGAAUAGAAGAUUUAUUAUGUUAAGAUCUCAACUACACUAUUUAUGAAUAAUUGAUUUAAUAUUAUAUCUUAAAAUAUGUAAGGAAAUUUUAUAAUAAAAGUUAAAUAAAAUCUGAAAU